AUGGCGACGCGCCACACUGAUUACGAUCGUAGACGCCAUUCCCCACGCCGAGACCGUGACCGCGACCGUGGAGAUCGUGGAGACCGCUAUGGCGAGGGACGCUUCAGAGACGACCGUGACCGCCGGGACCGCCGCGAUGACCGGAGAGAGCCAGAUCGGAGGGAGCGCGAUCGCGACACCUACCGUCGGCGCUCGCGUUCCCCGCCUCGCCGCCGCGACCGAUCACGAGACCGAGGAGACCGUGGCGACCGUGGUGUAGACCGCGGAGACAGCUACAGGCGCGAUCGCGACGGUGACAGAGAUAGGCGUCGCCGCUCUACUUCCCGUCGACCUGGUUCCCGUUCCUCUGCUACACCUGCACCUGGAUCCGAUAGCUACAGGCGCGAUGACAGGCGCGAUCGGGUAGAGCUCGCCUCGCGCGAUGAGAGGAAGAAAGACCCAGAAAUACAAGUCAAGGAUAAGCUUGCUGACCGCGCUGCGAAGCUGGCCGAGUGGAAGAAGCUCAACGCUGAGCGCCUGGGCAAGGAGAAGACCGAGACGCCUGGCUCUGGUACUUCACCGGCUGUCACUGCGCCUGCAACCCCCUCAGUCGCUGUGACGCCCUCAGCAGCCCCAGCAGCUGAGGCCAAGCUUGAUACCGUUAAGACAAAAGCUGUUCCACAGAAGAGCGCUACUGAGAAAGUCAAGCAGAAGCUGCCCGAGAAGUCGACCUUCAAAUUGGAUGCUUCCGCCGCAGCACGUCCACUAGACAUGGCCAAGCCUGCGGGCAAGACCGUUACCGCUUCCAAACCUCCCGUCGUCAAGGCCAAUGGCAACAUUGGUUCUUUUGGUCUCAAGACCAAGACUGCUGCUGAGACCGAGGAGGAGACCUCCAGAAAGGCUCUGCUCGACGAGGAAGGCCCUACCAAGAAGCGAAAGCUCCAGGCUCUCCCCGAAUUCACCACCAACGACGAACCUGAGCCCGAGGCCGACGACGCUGAAGACGACGCCGCAAUGAGCGACAUUGGUAGUGACGACGAAGAGAACAACGCGGAGCUCCAGGCUCGCCUUGAGAAGCGCCGCGCAGAGAUUGCCAACGAGAACCAAGAGGACGCUACCAUGGGAGAAGCAUCUGCUGUCGAAGCCCCUGCCGACGACAAGAUGGAAGUUGACGAAAAUGCAGGCGCCGAAGAAGAUGAAAUCGAUCCUCUCGAUGCCUUCAUGGCUGAUCUUUCCGAGCCGCAACCAAGCCGCGGAGCUCCUUCGGGUCAAGCCAUGUUUGCUGACGAGCUUGAGCCUGUCGAGACAUCUGUCGAGGCUGAGGACCUCCUCGCCCUUCGUGCUGCAAAGAAGAAGAAGAAGGAGGUACCUACCGUCAACCACGAUAAAGUUGAGUACGAGCCAUUCAGGAAAAACUUCUACACUGAACCGUCCGAAGUUGCACAGAUGACACCUGAGGAAGUCGCUGAUCUGCGCCACGAACUUGAUGGUAUCAAGGUUAAGCCAGAUGAUGUACCCCGUCCCGUCACUAAGUGGGCCCAAAUGGGCUUGUUACAGGCUACCAUGGAUGUCUUCACUAAGAUCGGCUACGAGAGGCCCACGGGUAUCCAGUCACAAGGAGUGCCUACAAUUCUCUCUGGCAGGGAUCUUAUUGGAGUAGCCAAGACCGGUUCCGGAAAGACACUCGCCUUCGGUAUUCCUAUGAUUCGUCAUGUCCUUGAUCAACGCCCUCUGAAACCAACUGAUGGACCUAUCGGACUGAUCCUCGCUCCAACUCGAGAGCUAGCAUUGCAGAUCGUCAAUGAGCUUAAACCAUUCCUUGCCGCAUCUGGUGUCACGAUCAAGUGUGCUUAUGGUGGUCAACCCAUCUCUGACCAGAUUGCUAUGAUCAAGCGUGGAGGCAUCCAUAUCCUAUGUGCAACUCCAGGCAGAAUGAUUGAUCUGACAAACGUCAACCAAGGCAGAGUGCUUUCUUUUCGACGCAUUACUUACGUCGUCCUUGAUGAAGCUGAUCGUAUGUUCGAUAUGGGCUUCGAGCCUCAAGUCAUGAAGAUCCUUGCCAAUGUACGCCCCGAUCGUCAAACUGUCCUCUUCUCAGCAACUAUGCCAAAGAACAUGCAGUCUUUAGCUCGUAAAGCGCUGCACGAUCCGGCCGAGAUCACCAUUGGUGGCAAGAGCAAGGUAGCUCCGGAGAUCACUCAGAUCAUCUCUGUUGUCCCUAAUAGUUAUGAGAAGAAGAUCAACAAGACCUUGUUGUAUCUUGGCCAGUUAUUCUCUGAAGAUGAGAAUGCGCAAGUAUUGAUCUUCACUGAGCGACAAGAGACAGCUGAAGACCUCUUGUCCAAGCUCUACAAGUCUAAGUAUUUCUCUGUCAACACGAUUCACGGAGCUAAAGAUCAGACUGAUCGUAACGAAGCGAUCAACGAUUUCAAGCAAGGUGUUCUUUCAAUUCUCAUUGCCACAUCCGUAGCAGCCCGUGGUCUUGAUGUACCCGGACUGGCUAUGGUCUUGAACUUCGAUUCACCUACCCAUUUGGAAGAUUACGUUCACCGCUGCGGACGUACCGGCCGUGCUGGCAACAAGGGUACAGCUAUUACACUCAUUGAGAACCCUGGACAAGAGCGCUUCGCUCUUCACAUCGUCAAGGCACUCAAGGAGAGCGGUACAGAAGUGCCCCCAGAGCUUCAGGAGAUGGCUAACACAUUCCACGAGAAGGCCAAGGCAGGUACGGAGAAGUACUAUGGCGGUUUCGGUGGUAAGGGCCUUGACAAGCUUGACGCAGCACGUGCUCUUGAGAAGAAGCGCGAGAAGCGUCAACUCAAGUUGGAAGGUGUUGAAGAGAGCGAAGACGAGGAGGAGAUCGCGCCGAUCAUCAAGAAGCCUGAAGUCGCUGGUCCAGGUGUCGUUAAGGCCGCUGACCCAGCUGCAGCUGACGCCGAGGAUCAACCACAUUGGAUGAAGCUACUGAAUAGUAAGAUUGUGGUUAGCAAGACCGAACGCCCCGAUGCUGCUGCCUCUGGCAAGCCGAUGACUGCGCGCGAGCGAGCAAUGGCCGCUGCUUCCAAGGUUGACGGAAGAUUGAGCAAGAAGGGUAUGAUCCACGCAGGUCAGCCCAUCGACAACAAGGGCCCAGAUGCUGGUCUUUACCACUCGACCAUCGAGAUCAACGACUUUCCCCAGAAAGCUCGAUGGGCCGUUACCAACCGCACCAACGUCGCCAAGAUUUUGGAACAGACUGGCGUUUCCAUUACGACCAAGGGCAACUUCUACCCGGCUGGUAAGCAGCCUGGUGAGACUGAUCUGCCCAAGCUAUACAUUCUCGUUGAGGGCGAUACCGAGAACAUCGUCACGCAGGCUAUGAUGGAGCUCACUCGUCUUCUGCGCGAGGGAACCAUUGCAGCUGAGGACGCCUCUGCGACUCGUGGACCAACUGGCAGAUACAGCGUCGUCUGA